GCGGCCGGCGCGCGGAGGGAGCCGUCAGUUGGGAAGCAGCCGCGGCCGGUGGCGGUUGGAGAAGGCGCGAGGCAAGGAGAGAGAGGGAGAGCGCGCACGCGCACGCGCACAAGCACACAGAGGCGCGCGCUUGGCGAACUGGCCGGACGAGUGACUGACUGACUGACUGACUGACUGAGUACACAGUGGGAGAGUGGCGCCUCCGUCGUCGUCGUCUCCUCGUCCUCCUUUCGGGCGGAAGGUCGCCCAUGGUGCGGCCUCAUGUCUAAGACGCUGCGGAGGAAGCGGCACUGGCUGAGCAAAGUGCAGGAGUGCGCCGUGUCCUGGGGCAGCGGCUGCGGGCCGGACCCGGAGCUCCUCCGCGGGGGAGCCGAGCGCGGAGAGUUCCCUUACCUCGGCGCUCGCCUCACGUCGCCGGCCGAGCCCUCGCCCUCCUCGUCCUCCUCAGGCGGCGCUCCCGGCUCGGUCCUGCUCUCGGGGAAAGCCCCGGCGCCGGGGGACGUCUUGCUGGAGGUGAACGGCACCCCGGUGAGCGGCCUCACGCACCGCGACACGCUGGCCGUCAUCCGACACUUCAGGGAGCCCGUCAAAUUAAAAACAGUUAAGCCAGGCAAAGUCAUCAACAAAGAUUUGCGUCACUACCUAAGCCUGCAGUUCCAAAAAGGUUCAAUUGAUCAUAAACUGCAACAAGUGAUCAGAGAUAAUCUCUACUUGAGAACCAUCCCGUGCACUACAAGAGCUCCCAGAGAUGGGGAGGUCCCUGGGGUAGACUAUAAUUUUAUUCCUGUGGAACAGUUUAAGGCUCUAGAAGAAAGUGGAGCCUUGCUAGAAAGUGGAACAUAUGAUGGUAAUUUCUAUGGUACCCCUAAACCUCCAGCAGAGCCUAGUCCAUUUCAGCCAGAUCCAGUGGACCAGGUACUCUUUGAUAAUGAUUUUGACCCAGAAUCUCAAAGAAAAAGAACAACAUCGGUUAGCAAGAUGCAGAAAAUGGACAGUUCCCUACCUGAAGAGGAAGAGGAAGAGGAGAAGGAAACACUUAAUGGUAGCAUAGGAACAGAAAACAAAGAGAGACAUUCAGAUUCUUCUGACUGGAUGAAGCCUGUUCCUAGUUAUAAUCAGACAAAUAGUACAAUGGAUUUUCGAAACUAUUUAUCAAGAGAAGAAAACUUAGAGCCUCUUCCUAAGAACUGGGAGAUGGCCUACACAGACACAGGCAUGAUCUACUUUAUUGAUCACAACACCAAAACGACCACCUGGUUGGAUCCUCGUCUUUGUAAAAAAGCCAAAGCUCCUGAAGACUGUGAAGAUGGAGAGCUUCCUUAUGGUUGGGAGAAAAUAGAAGACCCUCAAUAUGGAACAUACUAUGUUGAUCAUAUUAACCAGAAAACCCAGUUUGAAAAUCCAGUUCUGGAAGCUAAGCGGAAAAAGCAAUUAGGACAGACUGAUGUUGGUUCUUCAAAUCCAGAACCAGUGAAGUCUUUUUUCACUCGAGACCCAUCCCAGCUGAUAGGAGCACUCAUUCGAACAUCACUAAAGAAAAGCACUAUGGGAUUUGGUUUCACAAUCAUUGGUGGAGACAGACCAGAUGAGUUUCUACAGGUGAAAAAUGUAUUGAAAGAUGGACCUGCUGCACAGGAUGGCAAAAUUGCACCAGGUGAUGUGAUUGUGGACAUAAAUGGUACAUGUGUCCUUGGCCAUACUCAUGCUGAUGUUGUCCAGAUGUUCCAAUUAGUCCCUGUCAACCAGUAUGUGAAUAUGACUCUUUGUCGUGGAUACCCUCUUCCUGAUGAAAAUGAGGACCCUGUCAUAGAUAUUGUGACAGCUACUCCUGUCUUAAAUGGACAGCCAAUAACGAAGGGAGAAACUUGUCUCAUUAAUCAGGAAUUAAUACCUGGAACAGUGGUUUUGGACCAAAAUGGAAAACCAGGACAUAUUUUGGUCAAUGGACGCCUGAACGGGCCUUCGACAGACAUUAGUGAACAGAGGGCUUCAGUGUGUUCUUCUGGUUGCUCUCAAACAGAACUGGUCACAAUUCCUCUAAUUAAGGGACCUAAAGGGUUUGGAUUUGCAAUAGCUGACAGCCCAGCAGGGCAGAAGGUGAAAAUGAUUUUAGACAGUCAGUGGUGCCAUGGUCUUCAAAAAGGAGAUAUAAUCAAAGAAAUUUAUCAUCAGAAUGUUCAGAACUUGACACACCUUCAGGUGGUUGAAGUGUUGAAGCAGUUUCCAGUUGGAACAGAAGUGCCAGUGCUUAUUCUAAGGGGAGGCCCUUCCUCACCUGCUAAAACAUCCAGUGUUGUGAGUAUUGAUAAUAAAGUAGAUAAGCAGGAAAAUUCAGGAAGCCAAGAAGCCAUCAACGAGUCAGCCCCACAUCCCAUGCCUUUUCCACCUCUUGCUAUGAGGUCGGCCUCCCCAAAGCUAGACCCUUCAGAAGUUUAUCUAAAGUCAAAAACAUUAUUUGAAGAUAAACCUCCAAACACGAAGGAUUUGGAUGUCUUCCUUCGGAAGCAAGAGACAGGCUUUGGCUUCCGGGUUCUUGGAGGAGAUGGUCCUGAUCAGUCAAUCUACAUUGGAGCCAUUAUUCCACUGGGAGCAGCUGAAAAAGAUGGUAGACUCCGUGCUGCAGAUGAACUGGUAUGCAUUGAUGGUAUCCCAGUCAAAGGGAAAUCACACAAGCAAGUUCUGGAUUUAAUGACUAGUGCAGCACGAAAUGGCCAGGUGCUGUUGACUGUUCGCCGAAAGAUCUUCUUUGGUGUAGAGAAGCAACCAGAAGAAGACUCAUCAUCUCAAUCUCAAGUUGCCAUUUCCUCCCAGAAUGGCUCUCCUAGACCAAAUCGAGUAGAGCUACUUAGUAAACAGUUCUCAGAGGCAUAUGAUGUUUUGCUACAACGAAAGGAGAAUGAAGGUUUUGGCUUUGUGAUCCUUACCUCGAAAAACAAGCCACCACCUGGUGUGAUUCCACAUAAAAUUGGCCGUGUCAUUGAAGGAAGUCCAGCUGAUCAUUGUGGAAAACUGAAAGUAGGGGACAGAAUCUCAGCAGUGAAUGGUCAAUCAAUCAUUGACCUCUCACAUGAAAACAUUGUGCAGCUGAUCAAAGAUGCAGGAAAUACUGUCACACUCACUGUUGUUGCUGAUGAAGAUCACCGAGGUCCCCCUUCAGGAACAAACUCUGCUAGGCAGAGUCCAGCCCUACAGCAUAGAUCUAUUGGACCAGUAUCGGGCAGCUCUGGGCCCAAUGACAGGUGUGCUACAGAAGCUGAUGGUGGAAAAGAACAAUGCAACAAUUACAAGCACUUCUCGCCAUCAGAGAGUGUUGUCUCUGUCAUAGGGAGCAAGCAUUCUCAAAGUCCUGGAUCUUACCCAGUAGAACUAGACAGAGGUCCUCGGGGCUUUGGAUUCAGCCUUCGGGGAGGGAAGGAGUAUAAUAUGGGACUGUUUAUUCUUCGACUUGCUGAAGAUGGACCAGCCAUUAAGGAUGGGAGAAUUCACGUUGGUGAUCAGAUUGUUGAAAUCAAUGGAGAGCCAACCCAGGGAAUCACUCAUACACGAGCCAUUGAAUUGAUUCAGUCUGGAGGAAAUAAAGUUCUCCUUCUCUUGCGACCAGGAACUGGCUUAAUACCAGAUCAUGGUGAUCUGGAUAGUUUUAAUCCAACAUCCUCAAGUGUAACACAUGGUGAACAGAUGCCACCUCCCUCAUUCUCACAUUCUGCUUCCACAUCUGAAGCAUCUCAUUUGCCAGGAUCAGAAGAAGCUUUAAUGAAAGUUCGGAUGUCUGAGAAACUGGAAGAGCUGAAGAACACUGUGCCUGAAAAGAAAAGCACUUUAAUGGAAGACCACUUGGAGAUUCAGAAUGCAACUUCUGCACAAAGGAAGGUGAACAAAUGGGACCAUCCCUCCAGUCCAGGUAAUAAGAAGGUGAACAAUACUGCACACUUAGCAGUGAAUAAUGCAACCAGCAGAGGCAGAUCAACUAGUCCAAAAAAGAUGAGCAAUAGUACUUCCAGAGGCCAUAAUCAAGCAUCAUGCAACAGUCCUAGAAAGGAUGAACUUAAAAAACAACUCAAGAAUUGUUUCGACCAGCCAGAAAGUCUGAGAAAACAUGAAAAGAAGCCCACGGGAACCUCUGAGAAUACAAAUCAUGGAAAAAUCUCUGCCACGGAAAAGAGAGGUAGAUCUGUCAGUCCCCAGGAACAUCGGAAGAAAGAGAGAGGCAGAGAGAAACUGCACUCAGAAGGGUUAACAGAAAUUCAGAGCAGAGCAGCUGCUGGUGAUAAAAACACAACUAUGCUGCCAAAAGGGGACAAAUUGAAAUUAGGAGCCAUGAAGGAAGCCACUAAGAAAAACAUAUGUGGGAAGGUUGAUAAAUACCCUUCAGAGACAACAAAUACCAAGAUAACUGAGAAGUCUCUUCCACUCCCUAAGACUAAUGAACUUAGAAAGAAAACGUUGGAAGAGAAAAGGAAAAGCUCUAACCAAUCCAAAAUGGCAGGUCUUCCGGAAGACUCACUCCUUUCUAGAGAUAAAAACACUGGACUUGAAGCAGAAGAGCCUGUUGUACUGAACAAAUUCAGAGACAAUGACUUGGAGCCAGCUGAUAAAACCAAAGAGGAUGGAACGGUCAAAUCUGAGAGUAGAUCUCCAGUGAAGAAAUCAAUAACUCCUGGACCUUGGAAGGUACCAACUGCAAGUAGAGUCACAAAAGCAACGGGUUUGACUGACUAACGGGUUUGACUGAGACUUUUUUAGAACACAUUUUAAUCAGGUUUCUAAUGUGGUAAAUUAAAUUGCUUCCUUUUUUUCACAAAAGUAUCAUUUUUUCAGUCACUGUGAUUGACAGAAUGGACGGACAGAUAUUGAUUUGGUCAUAAUUAGGCUGCAUGAAGGACCUUUUGGAUUGCGUACGAGAAACUCUUCAAAUGCUGCUGUCCUUUUGUUCCCUUUGAAGAUGGUGUCCUGCUGCUCCUGAUGUUGCACUGCAAAGGCUUUCUGAUAGUAUUGUGGGUUAACAAACAACAUUAUUUUAAUGCCUAUAGCGUAAUCAUGACUCACUAAUUGUUCUUGUGCCAAGUUAUCUACUGUAUCCUGUUGAACCUUCUCCUGUUUUCCACUGCCACAGAAAAGAAAAGAUUUUGUCUCAAAUUCAGUGUUUACUCAGGCAUGCUGCAUGUGUACAUAGUUCUGAGUCUUCACUGUUGAAGCAAGAAGUUGAGUGAGCUUUUUUCCCUUGGCUUUACAGAGUCAAGGAAUAAAUAUUACCUGAAGCCUUUUUCACACAGCUCUUUUCUCUUGCUCUUCCCACCCACCCCCAGCAAACUUAACAGGCCAGAGCCCCUAUGUGCAAUAUGUGAUAUGUUGUCAUUUUUCUCUGAACCUUUUGUUUAAAGUGUUGAUGCCAGCUUUUAACAGGUGAUACCAUUCCAGAUCUCAAAGUUGUGCAGUUUUGAAUCACAAAAAAUGUUAUCCAUUUCAGUGAAACUGCAUGGGAGUCAAUGUUUUCAGGGCUGGCAUCAAAUUACUUCCUCCUCAUCUCUUUUUUAACACUUUCACAUUAGAAAUUAAACAUGCAGAGAGGGCAUAUGCUUUCAAGCGUUCUGUCAUGCUGUUUGUCAGAAUCUCCCAUCUGUUGUUUGGCUGUUCUUUUUCUUAAUGCUAGCUAAACAUUUGAAAAUGUCCUGCCUUGCCUGAAAAUUUAAGAUCAUAGAUUACAGCAAGGAAGCCAGAACCAAUCUAACAAGCUCAUCUUUCAAUGAGUCAUCUUUGCUUGUGCCUGUUUGUAGAAGCCUGUUCUAUUUUCUUUCCAUGUUUGUACAUACAUGAUUUCCCAUGUUGCAUACAUGAUUUCCCAUAUCCCUUUAGCUUCUGCAUGUGCCCAAAUCGUAAUAAUGAGGAAUAUUGAGUAUAUUUGCCCCUCACACAUUUUAGUAAUGGAAAUGAGGUGAAGACAAGAGGGAAGAAUUAAAAUCUACUGGACUUUAAAUAGCCCAAAGCAGUAGAUUUGGGUCUCUUUGAAUAAGCCCAAGUGAUUGCCAACCUGGAUUAAACCACAGCCAAGCAACAACAACAAAAAAUGUGAAUUCUUGUGUUUUCCAGAUCAAGUUUUUCAAAUGUUUUAUUUAGUCUUCCUGUGGGUAAGUGAACAAUUACACUAAAAAAAAAAGCUAAGUGCAGCUUUUAACUUACCUUCUAUUAGGCUUUCUUUGUAGGCUUUUAGUCUGUUAUUAUUUUAAACUACUUUUCAGUCUUUUAAGUUCUCUUUGGUCCAUUUAUAUCUCAAGUUUGUUCCCUAUCACCACCACCUUUGGUUGUUCUUCCACCUCUUUUUUGGCCUUUACCUUAUAGAAAUGAUUUCUGAAACAUAGGUGGUAAAGACAGAAUUAUCAUCUCCUGUGAUACGUACAUCUGUCCAUUUGUCUGUUCUGUCACAGUUUCUGGUCAACUGGUUUUGAGUUUUUGCUGGAAUCCUCUUGGCACUACACCAAUGUUAACUCUUAGUUAUGCUGAUAGUUGUUAUUCAUAAAUGCUUGUGAAAUGAAGUAUCUAAUAUCUCCUUACUUCAAUGCAUGAUGUAAAACUUAACCCUUUUAAAAGGAAACAUGUAUAAGGUUAUCCCCCUUUGCAGGGCAACUUCCUCAAUAUUUCAAUAAUGCCCCUCCCCCCGCCCCGAUGAUGAACCUGCUGUCAUUUACAUACUCAUACUUCUUUCCUUUUUUCAUGUUUUAUUCCAGACCAAAAGCAACUUUCAAUCUAAUUCCCAAUUUAAACACUUUAUUGACUUGAAUGGGACUGGAUUCCCUGCAUAUUUGUGUAAAUGCUGCUAUUGUGCCAUGCGCCCUGAGCCAACAACAAGAUGGAAGUUAUUCAGAUUGCUUUGCAGAAAUUAUCCAUUCAGAUACAUAUGUCUACAGCGGGUCUGCACAACCUGUGGUCCUCCAGGUGUUUAGGCCUCCCAGAAGCCCUAGCCACUUGUUCAAUGGUCAGGAAUUCUAGGAACUAAAGUCCAAAACACCUGGAGGGCAACAGAUUGUGCAGGCCUGGUCUACAGAAUUGUAUUUUAACAGAAAACUAUCAAGCAAAAAAGAAAAA